CCGGGACUCCGGGACAGGAAGGCGGACGUGGCCUGCUGCUGACCAGACCGGGAUUUAUGGAGAGGGCCUCGGGGGGCAGCUCUGAAUACUGCCAGGCCCAACAUCACUACCACGCCUGCUGCUGAGGAGGCCCCCGUGCCUCUGGCCCUCACCAUUGCCCUCGCCCGCCGAUGGCCCCUGCUGUCCGGCCCCGGGCCGGCUCUGCCGCCUGAGCCCCCGGGCCCUCUCCAGGACUCGCAGUACCCCGAUGGGGUAACGUGACAGAGACCCUGAGUGUCAGAGCCGUCCGCCACCACGGCCGCCGCCUUCCACCCCCACCCCCACCCCAAGGCUGCCCUGUGCGUUCGGUUCAAGUUCGGGUUUCGUCUGGUCCUUGAGGGUUUGGGGCCCGCCUUCGAGCGCAGGGGGUCGCUCGCCCAUCCACCGAUGCAGACAGCGCUGGGCAGAGCCCCGGCGGCAGACUCACUCUGGGCUUUGUGAGGUUUCCUUGGCCUGGCUUUGGUUGUCCUUAUUUUUACUUUUGCCCCUCAUCAUUACCCAGCUCCCCGAGGCGGGGGUGUGGGCCACCGCUCUCGCCUGGGGGCCUUGUCUUUCCUUCUCUUUGUAAAGAGCUGGACCCCGCUGCUCAGCUCCCCCACCUCCCAGGUAUUUGCGCAGUAUCGGAGCGGGCGGGGCGGGUUGCCAAAGCGUUUUCUGUCUGUCGGACAAGCACAGCGAUCUCGGUUGCCUCGGGGCGUGGGGGGCUGCUGGGGGCCCUCCCUGGGUGCAGCCCCUGCCUGGGCCUCGCCCCGUCUUCGGAGGAGCAUGGCGCGGAUGAACCGGCCCGCCCCCGUGGAGGUGAGCUACAAGAGCAUGCGCUUCCUGAUCACGCACAACCCCACCAAUGCCACUCUCAGCACCUUCAUCGAGGACCUGAAGAAGUACGGGGCCACCACUGUGGUGCGAGUGUGCGAGGUGACCUACGACAAGGCCCCUCUGGAGAAGGAUGGCAUCACAGUCGUGGACUGGCCGUUCGACGACGGGGCGCCCCCACCUGGGAAAGUGGUGGAGGACUGGCUGAGCCUGCUGAAGGCCAAGUUCUGUGAUGACCCUGGCAGCUGUGUGGCCGUUCACUGUGUGGCCGGCCUGGGACGGGCCCCAGUCCUCGUGGCACUGGCUCUCAUCGAGAGCGGGAUGAAGUAUGAAGAUGCCAUCCAGUUCAUCCGACAGAAGCGGCGUGGAGCCAUCAACAGCAAGCAGCUCACCUACCUGGAGAAGUACCGGCCCAAGCAGAGACUGCGGUUCAAGGAGCCGCACGCGCACAAGACCAAGUGCUGCGUCAUGUAGCCCAGGGGCUCCGAGCAGGGACCCCGUGCCCCGCUGCCGCCGGCUCGCCUUCUCUCCCGGACCUUCGGCACCCCUGUCCACCGGGUCCAGCUCGCCCUGCGUGCCCUGUGCCGGCUCCUUCCUCUGUUUCUCCCCGUGUGUCUCCGUGUGCCCGAGUCCACCGCUCUGGGGACCCGCGCUUCCCUUCGUCCCCACAGCCCUGUCUCUCUGAGGCUUAGUUGGGGCCCUCUUGCCCCUGCCCGCCCACAGGGUCCCCCGGGCAGCUUUCCUCUCAGGCUCAUUUGUCAGGGAGCAGGUGUAUUUUUUAGCCACUGGGCCUGACCCUUCCUCCACGGCCUCUCGCCCUGACCUGUUCUUGGCACUUUCAAUUAUUGGGUCUGGAGACCGUCAGAUGUCCUGGACACUCGAAGGCAAUAAAACAGGACCCCGUG